GGGGGGCCCCCUUCAGGUGCAGGUCGGGGCGCCAUGGCCGCGUGGGGCGAGCGGCUGGCUGGCGUGCGCGGGGUGCUGCUCGACAUCUCGGGCGUGCUGUACGACGGCGGCGAGGGCGGCGGCGCGGCGAUCGCGGGCUCCGUGGAGGCGGUGGCGAGGCUGAAGCGGUCCCGGCUGAAGGUGAGGUUCUGCACCAACGAGUCACAGAAGUCCCGGGGGGACCUGGUGCGGCUGCUUCGGCGGCUGGGCUUCGACAUCUCCGAGGGCGAGGUGACCGCCCCAGCCCCGGCCACCUGCCUGAUCCUGAAAGAGCGAGGCCUGCGGCCACACCUGCUUGUCCACGAUGGAGUCCGCUCGGAAUUUGGCCAGAUUGACACAUCCAACCCAAACUGUGUCGUCAUUGCUGAUGCAGGAGAAGACUUUUCUUAUCAAAACAUGAAUAAAGCAUUCCAGGUCCUCAUGGAGCUGGAAAAGCCCAUACUCUUCUCGCUGGGAAAAGGACGCUAUUACAAGGAGACCUCUGGCCUGAUGCUGGACGUCGGCCCCUACAUGAAGGCCCUGGAGUACGCCUGUGGUAUCGAAGCCGAGGUGGUGGGGAAGCCUUCUCCGGAGUUUUUCAAGUCUGCCCUGCGAGAGAUGGGGGUGGAUGCCUCCCAGGCCGUCAUGAUCGGGGAUGACAUCGUGGGCGACGUUGGCGGUGCCCAGCGGUGUGGCAUCAGAGCGCUGCAGGUGCGGACGGGGAAGUUCAGGCCCAGUGACGAGCAUCACCCAGAAGUAAAGGCCGACGGAUACGUGGACAACCUCGCGGAGGCCGUGGACCUGCUGCUGCAGCAUGCGGACCAGUGACGGGCCUUCCGGGAGGGCCCCCAGCCUCCUGCCACCCUCCCCUGUACCCAGACCACCCUAGACCCUGCCCUCUGCCCUGGACAGGCGGACGAGAGGGUCUGGGCCGGGCAGUUCUGGGCUCCCUGCCCUGGGCCACCAGCCCCUCCUGUGCCUCCCUCUGCCCACACCCCCCUUCGCAGCACAGUUUGAUCCCCACCUGAGGGCCUGGCCCCUGCCUCGCUUCCCUGCUGAGGUCAGGAAGUGGGCGCACCUGCUGGAUCCCCGCUCUCACUCUCCAUUUGUGCUUUAAUUGCGCUGGCACACUAGCCCCGGGCAUUUGCUCUCUAGUCCUUGCCUUUUAGGGAGGCGCCUGGAGAAAGCUGGGCCUCCCGGGCACGGGCCUUGCAGCCCAGAGCUGAGCCAGCCUCCCUCCGACUCUGCCCAACGGCCCUGUCCCCGCCCAGCGUCAGGGAGGCCGCUCAGUGCUCCCCAUGCCCCCCAAGGAUUCAGCCCACCUUUCCGUCCCAGGUCCCCUUUGGAGCCGGAAUAGAGAGGCACCCGGGGCCCUCAGGAGGCAGUCGUCCUACACAGCAACAAGUGUUACCUUGGGAAUCCAGGUUGCAGGCAGAGGGUACUUCUGGAGCCCUAGCUCAAUGGACCCAGGGUGCACAGGAGGAAACAGUUAAAUAAAAACUCCUUCCUGA